AUGGGAAAACGCGCAAGGGAGUAUGACGAGGCACCCGCAGAUCCGGGCUCAGCCUUCACUACUGUUCUCCUCAGCAUCAGCAACGGAUCCGAACCUCUAACCAAAGUCCCCGCUACUUCCGAACCAGAUCCUACAGCCACCCAAGUGCCAGCAGCCAAAAUCACCGAGUUGGAUCCUUCCCUCAUCACCACCACCAAGACCAACAAUCCCAUGCCCUGCUCCCUCCCACCGCACAAAGAACCAAUCACCUUCUCAUCCUACCAAGAAUACGAAUCUCACUACCGCAACGAGCACACCAACCGCUGCCUCGAAUGCCGCAAAAACUUUCCUUCUUCCCAUCUCCUCAGCUUGCACAUCAGUGAAAAUCACGAUGCCUUCAGCCAAGUCAAGCGAGACAAGGGAGAGCGCACAGUAAGUCCCCAUGCUCACCCCUUACCAAACACCCAGAUAUCCCAAUUCAUUAACCCCAAUUCUCCUCAUCUCAGCCGAUCACUUCUCAUACAAGGUUUGUGUCAACUGUCUAACCAUUUGUUUCGUCAACUUCACUCGUGUAGUACACCUGUUUCAACUUCUUCUUUGGGGUCACGCGGUAUGGUAUUGAUGGGCGACGGUCGCUGCUGCUUGAUGAGAACAAGAAGGGCAGUGAUAAGAAAACCGACAGCAACGGCAACAGGAGGCCGAGUCUUGCGCCUGUCUCUUCAGAAUCUCAACAGCAGCACAGCCAAGACAGCACGCCACCUGUCAACACAGAAAAGCCAGUGUCAGCAGCCGCCAAACCCGAGGAUAACGAGAUGCAAGUUGAACCUGCUAGUUCUGAGCGCAAGCCUGAUGUGGAAAUGGAUGACAUCUCGACUGCCAUGUCGGCUCUUCAGUUCGUGCCAAGAGGCGUACGAUUUGGCCGUGGCAAAAGGGCCGGUUUCGCGAAACGAUAGUAUUUACUAUACUCCAAGUUGGACACUGUUUCAGCAUAAUAACACAAAGGCAGGUUGGAGGAGGUUACACCGUCACAUACCCAGUGGGAUCAAGUAUGAUAAACAAGAGACUCGCAGAGAGAUGAAUAUUGUACACAGUUAA